GCUCGCAGCCGUUUAGUAUGAAUUAUAGUUCCCCCUAGCGCACGGCGUUCGCUUCGAACCAUGAGAUUCAUCCUAAUAUUGUGCGCAGUAACUAUUAUUGCCGCGAAAAAGUUGCAUUUGGUCAAACCGAAAUGUGACGGUGUAGAACUACGUGCGAUUUUUCAUCAAAACAUAGUGCUCGCUACAGGACUAAACCGCCCGUAUCAGCUCUCCUAUUACAAGAAAGAACAUGAACUAUUCUUCAGCAACAACGUGGGCAACGACACUGAAGAUACCUUUGAAAUCAUGAAGUUAAAGCAUGGCAACGUGACGACGCUUGACAAAAUUGAUAAUGGGUUCGCGACAGCCAUCGACAACGAGAAGCAAGUCGCAUAUUUCGGCGGCAGCACCGGCAUCUACAGAAUGAACCUUGAAACCGGAGACAUUACGAAAAUCAUCCAUAAUCACAAUGUGUGGGACAUGUUUUUUAAAACACAUUUGUAUUUCAUAGUUUAUCCUUCGCAGAAGCUGUACAAGUACACGGACAAUCAUGGCACCAAGCAUAAGAGUAAGGGACCGGACCAUGAGAAGUGGAUUCACGAGAAAAUUUAUCAGUUCGCCAUUGACGGAGACGGCGAUAGAUUUAUAACUAACGAGACUGGCCUUUUUAUAAUCAAAAAUGGUACAAUAGACAGAGAAGAGGUGCGAGGAGAAACAGUAUUUCGUGCUAUAGAAAUAAAUCACAAAGGAGAAGCAUAUUUCUGUGGGAAAAACGGAAUCUACGUGCCGGAUAAAAAAGAUUACACGUUGAUCAAAAUAGCGCACGUGAAAAAUAUAUUUGGUUUAACGUUCGAUGAUGUGGGAAAUGUCAUAUACUCAAAUCCUUAUGAAAUUAUCAAGUUGUUGCCCUCGGAGUGUAAAAUAGUCGGUAAUGCUGUGACUUACAUACCUAUUCCCGUUCCUCCAGCCUAGGUGUGAUUGUGUUAAUUAAGGUCAGAGAGAUUUAAAACAACCAAGUAAAUUACUCUAGUAUUACUGCCGUUGUCAUGUUGAUGUUACAAAUAAAGCUGUUACUGCAAA